AUGGUCGAGGCCCCACCAAAAGAGAAAGUAGCCAAUCGAAUUGCAAUACCACAUGUUAUAACACAGUUCGCUCGAGAUGGCGGUAUCAAGGAGAAGAAGAAGAAGAAGUCGAAUGAUACAGCGAGGAAGCAGCAUGCUCCUAGUGAGGUCUCGCUGGUGAGCACUUCCAUUAGCACACCUAGUCAGGCUACGCCAAAGAAUAAAAGAUGGAAUUUUGAGCUUCGACAUCGAAGACAACCUUCGGCCGAGAUUUCAGUCACCCCGCAGUCUGCUGUUGAGGCUAUCUUCGACACAGAGAUAUAUGAGCUCCCUGCAUCUCCAAACUCGUCUACGAAGUCACCAUCUGGUGCUUUUGCUGUCGAACUCGAAGAUAACUCACAAAUUGCUCUUCACUCAAAGAGAUCAGCUUACCCAGGUUAUCAAGUAGACUCUCAAACCUCUUCUACCACAGCGAGUGAUAAAAUCUUUCCCAUUCGCGAGAAACAUCACAUGCACUAACACAUCCCAGUCACGUUCUGUAAUCAAAGCUUUGAAGCAGACCCUCGCAGAACUGGAAGCCGACAACCAACGACUCCUUUCCCAUGCAGCGACCGUGGAGGCGCGCGCAACUGCAGCUGAGGCGAAUGUCCAUGACUUAAUCCAACUCAACCUACAACUGCGGCAGAAGAUCGAAUACUGCGAAAACAACCACCGUCGACCUUCUAGAAAUGUAGCCUCUCAAUCACAGCGUAGCCCAAUCACACCUCCCAUGCGAACUGGUCAGGCAAAGCUUGCCUCUCCUACUGAACAAUAUCCAAUUCGGACCUCAUCUCAUCGCAGUCCAGAAUCAGAAUCACCAAGUAACACCUCCUCAUCCGGCUUACUCACGCACCAUAUCCCCAACAAACCCCUGCCACCACCUCCUGCACGCCCACCACGUCGCCCAUUCGAGACUCCUUCGCCCCGGUCCCCAAACCACUGUCAAAGUCAAGCACAGCAAUACUCAUCUCCUACGCGUUCUCAUCCUCAAGUACAACCACAUCCACAGUACCAAUCAUCACCUACUAAGUCCACACCCCAACAUUCCCCGAGUCGUCAAUCACGUCGAGUAUCUCUCUUCCCCAAGAUUAACAACAGUCCUACCAACAAUAAGCCAUUAUUGAUGGAAGUUGAUCGAGCACGUAGACUUGAGAAUCAGAUACCGAUGGGACCGCUGCUAAGUCCGACAAAUGUUCACACGCCAAAGAAUGAAGUUCAGGGUUCUAAAAAUGAUAUGAAUGGGAGAAGUGAUUUCCAUCGUACGAUGCCCGAGAAUAUGGGAUCAGGCAUCGACCCUCAGCAAUAUCAAGAGUUGGAGGUGGAUUUGGCUAGUAGUGAGCGGAAUUUUAUUGCUGGAUUGUUUCGCGUCGAGGAAGACGGGAGGAAGAAGAUAUGGAUAUGAUGCGCUUUCUUUCUCUGUUUUAUCGGGAUACACGGACUGUGUGGGACUGGGAAGGGAGAGGAUACCUACAAAGUAUUGGGUCUCGACCUUUAAGCGAGAUUCAUCCUUUUGGUUGUGCAUCUUUCUUUGGAUCAUCAGGGGUGAAGUGAAGUAGGGUAUUUUCCAAGUUGGCAGGGCAACAUAUAUUUUUCUUUUCUUUUCUUGUAUACCACUUAUACCUAUGAUAGGAUUUUACGAAAUGAUAUCUUCU